CAAAAAUGUCUGCGUGGAGAGUACAGACCGUAAAUAUGAUGAAUUUUCUAUAUUCAGUCUAUGGCGGUGAGAUAGAAGCUGCAAUCCCCCUUUAAUUAAAGCCCCGCCCUCUGGUUCAUACGCAUGCGCGUUGUUGUUCUGGGUCACAUGACAGCGUGGUUUCGUUUCCUGACUGCAGAGGAGGCACGGUGAGUCUCUGCUGAGAGCUUUAAGGGGUUUUGAGUCUGUGUUAUCGACAGGCAGCCCCCCGGACCUUACAAUAAGACUGAGAUUUUUCUCUUAAAACCUCUCGCCGCCAGUUCAACACGUCUUCAGAGUUUGUUUUUACGAUAUUAGAGACUUAAUUCGGCAGAGAGCGCAGCGCUUUAGGAAGCCCACCACUAAGUUUAGGCAGACUUUGUUUUCAUCACAGUUUGGCUUCGCCACAGACAAAAGGCAACAUGUUCUCGCCUUUUUAGACAAAUUGUGUAACCUUAUUUGGCCUGAUGGCUGUAAAGUUCUCCUUGAAAGUUCUUACACACAGUAUAAUCUCUGUUUUCAGACUGUGAGAGUAGAAGACGGAAAUAGUUUGUCCCACUUUAUUCGUUAUGAAGUUAAUAUAUGCUUUUAGAGAUGUAGGCUCUCCAGUCAGACUUCGUAAGUUCAAACAAUACUUAAUAAUGAAAUAAAGUUCAAGCAGUGUUUACUCAGUAUGUGAUCAGGGAAGUAGGGGAGAGUGGGGUAAGUUGAGCCACCCCCUGUUGCUUGGAAAAAGUGAAAGAAAUUGAUCAUGUGACCAAAUAUUAAGGAGAUGGACAUCAAUUCAUGGAGUCUGUAAAGGCUAGAAGCACAUGGGUGAAGGGGUUAGACAUUUAUUUACAAAAAAAACAACAUUUUUUUACUCUUGAAAGUGAAUUUAGUCUGUCAUAAGUUUUAUUAGAAUUGUGUUCAGACCAAAAAAGAUCAUUUUAAAUUUGCUUUAUACAACAAUUGUGGUAUCUAUGAACUACAACUUGAGGUCAAAUACCUAACAUGAUAGUCUAAUAUUUUAGCUGAGAGGACUAAUAAAGUCAUCAUAGAGUUUUGGGGUAAGUUGAGUCAGUGGCUCAAAUGAGAAAGCAAAGGAGUCUGAUGAGAGGAUCAGAGUUUCAGUUCAGAUUGUCGAAAUGUGUUUCUCUUUCUUUUCAAAAAUACAGCUGUGAAUGUUCUGAAUCACUUAAAGACAUUCUCAUGUUAAAAUGACUUUUUACAAAACAACUUUUUAGCCGUUAUAUGCAAUAAUAAUAAAAUGAAUUAUUGCACCAGUUAAAUAGCCUAUAGUAGAUAAAAAUACACAUGGAUGUGAAGAAGUGACUCUUAUUUAGGGAGAGAGAAGGUAAGGGAGGGCGGGGGUGGAGGGUGGGGGGGUAGUAGGGAUACGGCUCAACUUACCCCGCUCCUAUGGUCAACUUACCCCAUACAUGGGGUAAAUUGACCAUAGGAGACUUUUUUGGCAUGCUAUAUAAUCAAGACAGUUCUGUUUACACUCCUUCUGUUGGUUAACAGGGAUGCGCAACAUCCAUAGUGUAUGCAGAUACACUAGUUAGAGACAAAACUAUGAUUGCCUUAAUGAAAUGAUCUGAAAUAUGAAUAAUGGCUCAUCUUACCCCACUCUCCCUGACUUAUCAAAGAUUGUACGACUGAACAACACCACAAAAAGCAGCGACAUCAGUACUUCUGACCCGAAUACUUCACUUCUAUGAAGUUCCUUGAUAACAUGUUUGGUCUGUUAUUAUGUAAACAGCAGCUCAACCAUUUACAAACACAGCACAGAGCAGAUUUCUUUCAUGCACACAAGCAGGGCUUGACCUCUGAGACUUAUUAGAAAUAAUUGAUGAAUGUGCAGCCAUUAGCUAUAUAGAACUGUACAUAUGUCCAUCCAUCAAUGAGUCACAGCAGACCAAUCAAGAAAUGACCCGGAAAUAUAGGCUCCUGCCCACUGUUGUCAUCUAAAUCAUGUGCACUUGAGCAGAGGAUUAGCUCUGGGGUUAAUUUGAUUCUGACCGUAAAUUCUUUAGAUGUCACUUAUAAGAAAUUCUUCACUAACUACACCAAGUGAUGGAAGUUGUUUUUUGCCCAUCAUGAUGGUUUUACAACUCUUCUCCUCAGCUCUAAACCAUGACUUCCUAAGAGUCAUCACACAAGUUGUUGAAUACCAAGUUAUUUACCUUUGACAUUUUAAGUAUGUUAUUUUAAUUUAUUUCUCUACCUUUAUAUUUUAAUGAUGAUUAUUGUUUACUUCUUCAGACCAAAGAAAAUGUAUUCUUCAUUGUGAGUAUUUUAGGUAACCAGUUAAAUAGUCUUUAGAUAAUGAAAAAGUUCACUGUGACAAGAUGAAAGAUUGGCUGAUAUUUUUAGCCAACGAAAAGGUUUAAUGUCUUCACGCUUACCUUAAACCUUGUGGUCAUAUGUUCAUGUUGGUAAGCUAAACCAGCGAUGACAGAGGAGAGACUGAACAUUGUCGUGGUGAUUCAUAACAUUUCACAGUCUGCCCGGUUGCCUAAGGACAUCACAUCACACUGAGUAAUUUAACACCUCUCAUGCAUGUAGAAGGAAAUAAAGGACUGCAGAGCGUGUCCUUUGUUGAAUUUACUGUGAAAAACUCUGAUUGCAGCAUUUUUUCUUCAUUGCGACUCUACAUUGAGGUCUUUGAAAGGUGCUUUAUAAAAUCAGUUUAUACAUUAUUACCCGCAGCAUGCAAGCAGGUCACCGAACCAGAACCACUGACUUGAUGAGCAGUAAAUGACUGAUGCAGAUGCGUGUUUUUUUGACUCCUUUUGUAUACAUUCUCCAACAGUUGAGGAGGAUGAGCUCAGGCAAUGGAACCAGAAGGAAAGCUGGCAAACAUCAGCACUUCAGCAACACGGCAGCGUUGGACCAUGAAACACAAAAUGAGAUUCAGAGUCUUUUUAGUAAAGUAAGGACUUAUGUUAAACCACCCAAUGGGAAAUGGUGCAUCCCUUGCCCAAAUGCUACCCUCCGACACUCUGCAGAGGAGCAUCACAAGCUUCAGGACCUAAAGGUGGCACUGAAUGCCGUAAAGAACCAACUGAGUGACAAAAAUGUCCAGGUCUGGCAUCAACACACCAAUUCCACAAAUCGGGCUGGGAAGGUGAUUGCUGCUGUGCGUUCUGCGGCUGGAGCUGAGAUCUGCACACAGGCAUGGUGUAAGUUCUAUGAGAUCCUGGGAACCUUCGAUCUUCUUCCACAGGAGGCUCUUCAAAAUGGAGAACUGAAUACAGUCCACCUGUGUGAGGCUCCUGGGGCCUUCAUAACUGCUCUGAACCACUACAUGAAAACCAGCGAGUCCACACGCUACUGUGACUGGAGCUGGGCUGCCAACACUCUUAACCCCUACCAUGAAGCCAACGGGGGCAGCACCACGAUUGCAGAUGAUCGGUUGAUCGCGAACACACUGCCCUGGUGGUUCUUUGGCUCAGAUAACACAGGCAACAUCAUGAUGCAGAAACAUCUGCUGGAGCUGCAGGCGUUUGUGACAAACAUGCGCAGAGUUGAUUUGGUGACGGCAGAUGGAAGUUUUGACUGUCAGGAGAACCCGGAUGAACAGGAGGCGCUGGUGGCAUCGCUGCAUUACUGCGAAGUCAUCGCUGCACUGCUGCUUCUCAGCCCUGGUGGCUCCUUUGUUCUGAAAAUGUUCACCCUGUAUGAACACUCCUCUGUCUGCCUACUCUACCUGCUGAACUGCUGCUUCUACUCUGUUAAUGUCUUCAAACCUGCCACCAGCAAGGCAGGAAACUCCGAGGUCUAUGUUGUGUGUUUGAACUAUAACGCCAGAGAAGGAGUGAGGCCUCUGCUCUCAAAACUGAUACGUAACUAUGGACCACAUAUUGCCGACCGGGAAGCUCUUUUUCCAAACUCGCUCAUCCCAGAAUCUUUUCUAAAACAGCACGAAGAAGUGUGUUUGUACUUCCACACGCUGCAGGUGGAGACAAUCACAGAAAAUCUGCGACUGUUCAAAGGAAUGGUUGCAGAGCAGAGGCAGCGCCUGGAUUACAUCAGAGACUGCACAGCCCAAGAAUACCUGCAGCGUUUUCAGGUAGGAUUUCCACAAACACCUAACUUGAUCUAUUAUUUAACUGCAGAGUUAAUUUUUGAGCUUUGAAACAGCAGUUUGCUAAACAGAUGUACACAGGGGUCUAUACCGGACUGUUUUAGAGCUUUUACUCAUUUCUCAUGGUCUUCAUCAGAACAUAGUUGCCCACUUGUCAUGGGAACUCAGGGUCCAACCUUCAUUUAUUUUCCCAGCACUUAAGGGGCUUUUUGCCCAUGUUGCCCUAAAAGUGAAUAAGUGGUUUAAAAUUUAAUGAAGUUAACUCAUACUAGAGUGAAACAGUCCCCUCUAGGCUUUCAGAAAAUCAGUUUUUAGAGACCUUUAGGAUUGUCGUUUCUUCGUCAAACGUGGGCAAAAAAAAUCACAGCACUGUGGAAUGGGCAAAGAAGCAUUUCAAUCUAAACUGUGACUGCUGGAAAUCACUAGAUACUACCAUUUCUACAUACUUUACCUUUAUUUUUUACUAUUCUAGCACAGCUUUAGGUGUGGCUAUGUUCAGCCUCACAACAUACCUUGAAUGGCGGUGAACUCUCAUGGCCCUGAUCUAAAAUGCAGGGUCCAAAACCCACAAUGCUAAGUGUGCCUGACUACUUUUCUGGUAGUUCCAGGGAACAAAAUCUGGGUUCCAAGGGAGGCGCAGGAUGCUGAGAGGUUGAAUGAAGUCCUUGAAUUUUUCUGAAGUGUGUUUUUUGUGUAACAUGAAUCCAACUAGUCGGUGUAUCUACUCUUAUUCCAUCACUCUCAGCAUUUCUGUUUAAAUACACUGGGCAGAAACCAGACUCUUACUACUCGCCUGUGACUCUUUCAAGGGUCUAGUAACUUGUAAAAUGUCAAAAAUCAUCAGGAAGCAGACUUUCAAAGGCUUUUCGUAGAUGUUGUAUUUUCUGUUACAUUUUAAUUGUACUCAUUUGUAAUCAGACCUCGGUCUCUUUGUACAGGUGAGCUUCCUUCCCCGGAGUCGUUGGAUUUCUCGUAACACAGUGAGCCCUGCUUGCUGCAGCGUCUCAGCAGGCCGACCCCUGGGACAGAAAAAGCAAACAGGCUCCUUCAACGAGCGCAGGGAAUUACAGACUCUGAGCUGGAGGGAGCGUAUCGAGAGGGGUUGCCAUGCUGCAGAGAUAAAGAGACACCGCGUCGAGGCCGGUGGGAGCGGCUGUGUGCUGGAGGGACCCCUGACUGAGAUUCAGGUGGAUUCAUGGUACAUUAUCAUUGGGACUGCGCUGCCUGCAGUCAGAAACUCCCCAGUCUGUGAUGGAGGACUGUUGAACCACCUAAAUGAAGCUCUGAUGGACACAGAUGUUGACUGGACUAGCGCAUCUUCGUGUGACUCCUGCAAUGUGGUUUCUGCUUCCUCCAUCUUGUCUGAGGUUGCAGGUCUUUGUGCCUUUCCUCAGAACAGUGUGGAGAACAAAAAGAAGAGACAGUGUUUGGUGUUUGGCAACAGCUUGGUGUGGGGAGCCAGUGAAAACCAACAUGAGGAUUUAGUCUUAAGGUUUUCUGCAGAGCCCUCACUUCCUCAAACCAUCCUGCUGCACGACGGGGAGCCGCUGUACCAGCAGCAGCUCUUAGCUUGUGUUGUUUCCUCCCUGCAGACCCUGAACUCUGGGGACGCCCUGCUGCUGCCAGUGUUUUCUGCCCUCACCCGUGUUACAGCAGCCGUUGUGCUCUGCCUGCAUGUGUGUUUUCACUCAGUCACAUUCAAGUGUCCUCCACCGUCAGGCGUGGUUGGGACCGUUCUGCUGUGUGUUGGCUUCUGUCCUGACGCUGCGGCACAGAUACUCCCUGUUCUCACUGAUGUCUGUGACUGCAUGAGUCAGGUGUUAAGAGGAGAGGAGGACUCAGGGGGAAACCUGCAGUCUGGGUGCAACAGACAGGUGCUGCAGUUUGUUCCCAUGGAGGAACUACUCACAGGGGGACUGACUGACUUUCUUUGGACCAUGAACUCUGAAAUCAUUCAACAGAAGCUCCAUUUUCUUAUGCAAUCACAGAGCAGUGACGUUAGAUCAGCUGACUGUUCAACCACAUGAGUGUCUAACAGUUAGUCUGUGAAUUAUUUCUGACAUCAAAAGAUCAAAACACACUGAUUUAGCACUGAUUUAUCUCUAUGGGAUUUACAAAGAAAAAAAAAAGAGUCAGGAAUUUUUUCUCCUUUGGAUUCUGCUUUAACUUGUUUCUGGGAAACCUGAUGUCUCCAUCAUGCAGUCAACCAAUUUGGUCAAACUAAGGUGUUGUGAUUCAGUUAUUAAUCACCGUCAAUGUAGACUCAAGCGUCACCUCUGGAGCUACAAGCUACAGGGGGGCUGUCUUCGACUUUUCUUAAGAAUUCAUUAGUUCUCUUACAGACAGAUGUUCAGUGAAAUGAAGCGGAGAUGGUGUAAACCAAUUUUUGUAUUCACUCUGUGUGUUAAACACCUUUUUUUCUGUUCAUGUCACUCCAGAUGGUGAACUGAUGAUUUCCAUACAUCAUCCAGGGAAAAAUUCAGGAGCUUAAAUGCAGUGUUUGAAUGUGUGGUCUCUAUAAAUCACAGACUUUUGAAAGAUGGGUUUUUAAGGGGAAAGUUGUAAAUGACAUAUGACUAAUGGUGUUGGUUAUUUUACAUGCUGUCACAUGUAUAAAGGAUAUACAACAAAAGCGACAAAAUUAUGAUUGGGUACAUUUUCAAACAGUGUCACAAACACCUGGUUUGGUUUUCUGAGAGAGCUGAUGAGUUUUCAUCUAUAAGUACAUAACUAUGUCUUGUUCAGUCAGAAUUCAGUUCAUCCUGUUCAGACAGACCCGUAUGCAACUCAAGUGUCUGUAUAAGUAAACGACUAAAAAUGAGAAAGCAGUACACGUUAAGGUCAUUAAUAUUUUAAAUACAUACUCAUACGUGUUUAUGGUGAUGAAGCAGGUUCCUCCAUCGUGUAUUUAGUGAAAUGAAUGCAGAGUAGAGGCUUAUUAAUAUUUGAUGUUUGGGGUGGAUCAUGCUUAUAUUUUGAAGUUCUGCUCUCUCACCUUACAAUCACUCACAAUAUCUACCUCUGAAAUUGGCAGACUCCAGUCCCCAUUUGGCUGCUGUGGGUUGGAGCAAAGUUAUCAAAGUUGUUCUAAAACAACACAUGAAAGGCCUCACAAAUCUUUGCAUUUACUUUGUUUAGCAGACUCAUUAGCUAGAUCAAGAAGCGAGCUUGGUUAUUAGAUGAGAUUAAAGUGCUAUGACAUUGUUAGUAGAUUAAAAAUCACUAAAGCCAUAUUUAAACCUAAAGAAGUUCAAAACGAGGCUCACAAAUCUGGGAUGAUCAUACAGGAAAAAAGACUGAUGAAACAAACUUUCAGUGCAUGAAAACGCAAAUGACUCUGUGCUUGAUCAACAGAAGUCAUCCGUGUCUAAAUUCACUGAGGAUUUUAAGAAGGUUGAAUAAACAACAGUGGAGCCCUCAGCACCAAACCUCCUGUCAGUCACAGAUGGUUUGUGUUUAAACCCACAUCACAGAGACCCUGGAGUUUUAUCCUGAAGUUCCUGUUCUACAGACGUAUCAUUUAAUAUCUGGAUGUUGUUGUCUUUUCACCAUGUUGCAGCAUUUACCCACUAGUAAGCUACUGAUUUAGGUUUUUCAGAAUCGGGGUUCACAUGUUUUAUGCUGCAUGAGCAAGUUGGGAGUAGUAUAACAUGCAGUAUAAGUGCUUAAAUUUAGGUGAACUUUUUACAUGUGUUUUAUUUUGUUUUGGGUUGUUUUAUAUUGCCAGAAUGAUUGUCAUGGAGUUUAUUUUUGUACAAAAGAAUAGAAAAUGUUCAGACUAAUGACACAGAGUCUAAGGUUUAUUUCCUUCUAACAAAGAUGGUUUAUUUUCGACUGUUUCAGAAAUAAUGUUAUUGUUAAACUUUUGGAUUCAGCACUAACUCUUAUGCAUUAGGUUAGUUUGACUCUGAAAUGAACCUCCUUUACAUUGUUCUUCACUUCAGGUCCAAACUGUGGUGUGUGGUUAUAUUUUCGGUUAGUGCUGGGCAGCUGUUUUCCCUGUCUUGUUAUGGGACAUAAAUCUUCAUGCACACACAUCUCUUCUUCAACUGCUCCAGCUCCUUAGUAUCGAAAUGUAUUUGGCAUUACGUGCACAACAUAGGUAACAGAUAACUCAGUGUUGUGGUGUGCGCAAAGGAUAAAAGUGAUCAGAAAAUCUUACAAGCUAAUUUAACCAUAUUGUCAUGAAAUUAUUCUCAGUGUUGAAGCAUGUAACAGAGCCAGGAGUUGUUUCCACCAAGGUACAGUUUGGUAAUACUUUUUUUUUUUUAAAUAUACACGCUUUCCUUCAUUUGGUUUAAUAUGUACGAUUUAAGGCUGGUAUAAACAUAAAAACGGAUCCAUGUACUCAAAAACAUAAAACAAAAUAAACUCACUACCCAUCAAUACUAUCUGUUUUGUGCUACUUUGGUUGUUUGCUGCCCUUUAGGACAAUAAAAGUAUCACUAAAGUAA